UUGUGUGAAGCGUGGAGAGAUGUGGACGUGCGCGGGAGUUCUUGCGCUAGUCGCGUGCGCGUGCGCCGUAACGCGCGACCAGUUCUACCCUCACGGGCAGGGGUUGGACCAGAACCUGCCGCGCGGGAGCGAGGUCCCCGCCCCCGAAGUACCACUAAAAGUUCCCAUCAAGUUCUAUGGAGAGAGUUACGAUACCAUAUACGUAAAUAACUAUGGAGUGCUGACCUUCAGAGCGGACAUCUCAUCGUUCCUCAACAUUGAGUUUCCGCUGCCGUACCCGUCAAUCGCGGCGUUUUACUCAAACAUCGACACAACGCAAGUGGGCGCUGUCUAUUAUAGAGAAACUAACGAACCGCACGUGCUCUCCAAAGCAGAAGAGAGCGUACAGAACAACUUCCACGAUUACUACGACUUCAAACCAACCAGCGUGUUCAUUGCCACGUGGGAAGAUGUCACUUACUCAUCCAGCGGACAAUCAAGUGACAAGCGAAAUCGAUUCCAAGCAGCCAUUAUAAACAAUGGCACCGAAAGUUUCGUCGAAUUCUUAUACCCCGAGCGAGACAUACAAUGGAUCCAGAAAGAUGCCCAAGUACUAACCUUGCCAGACGCCAAGGCUCAAGCAGGAUUCGUGUCCGAAGAUGGUCGUCUGUACAUUCUCCGUGGAUCAGGCAGUCAUCAAAUAAGAAACAUUGUUGCUUGGUCAAAUGUUCACGAACCAGGCCGAUAUGUUUUCCGUAUCGGAAAUAUUACACCUGAAAGUAAUAUUGCUGUCCCAGAUCAAUACAAUCAAAACGAGGUCGAAAUCGAAGAGGAAACAAAAACCUGCGCACAGAGCGGACCCAGCGUAUGUCAUCUAAGUGCAAGAUGUGUAGACUAUCAAGCUGGAAUUUGUUGCCAGUGCAAUGAUGGAUACUACGGAAAUGGAAAAUCAUGCAUUAAAGAUGAUGUGCCCCUUAGAGUUCAUGGCAAAAUUAACGGCAUUAUAAACAAUGUCAACCUCAAUGACGUAGACAUACAGUCAUAUGUAGUCGUAGCCGACGGCAGAGCAUACACAGCGCUGUCCCUCAUACCGAGUGAAAUCGGGAGCAGCUUGCAGUUACUACAUGUACUAGGCGGUGUCGUCGGCUGGCUCUUUGCCAAGCCCUCGGGGUCCGCCAAAAACGGUUACCAACUCACAGGCUCCUCGUUUAACCACACUGCAGACAUAUGGUUCCCAGCUACCGGCGACAGAGUUACGGUCAAUCAGGAGUAUCUCGGACAUGACGUGUUCGAUCAAAUCACUUUGGAAAUAGAUGUCAGGGGCUCGUUGCCAGCAAUCGUACCAGGAACUAAACUAGACAUUACCGACUACGAUGAACAAUAUAGUCUCGUAGAACCAGGUCUUAUUCGAUCUGAAUCUAGUAGAACGUUUACAAACAAGGUUACAGGAGAAAAAUACGUACAGAAAGUAUCGCAAACUUUCUCAUUCAAUUCUUGUCGAUUUGCGCCUGCUUCAGUGGAAGAUAAUACGCCAUCAACUUUAAAAAUCAGCAAAAAUUACUUAGGGUAUGAACCCAGAGAAAACAUAGUCCGGUAUGGAUUAAGUAAUAAGAUAUUUCCCCUCGGCGAAGAAGACCCUUGUAUUCAAGGUCGAAACACUUGUGGACCUCACAGUUCCUGUGUAGUUCAAGGAACCUCCUUUGCUUGCAUCUGCAACCCUGGUUUUACAAACACUUAUGACAACACGUGUGUUGAUAUCGACGAAUGUGGAAUUGGCACACAUAACUGUGAUAGCAACGCUGACUGCAACAACCACGACGGUGGCUUCCAGUGUAGAUGCCGCCAAGGAUUUAUUGGAAAUGGCAUACAAUGCAAUCGGUUGCCCACGUGCCAAGACAAGAAGUGUGAUGCUAACGCCCGAUGCAUAGAAAACCCCGGUGGUGAACCCAUAUGCGAAUGUAAUCCUGGGUACAAUGGAGACGGACAGUACUGCCAGCCAAACUACCAGAACUCUUGUGGCAACUGUUCACCUUAUGCUUCAUGUAUAUUCAUUGACAACAACUACAUAUGUAGAUGCAAUGCAGGUUACUCUGGUGAUGGAUACAAUUGUCGACAAGAUGUUCGUGAAGAUGAGACUACUCGUACACCACAGACUAAUGAAAACAAUGAGGCUGACUACAACAAUACCGUUGUCUUACCAAACUGUGACUUAUUCAGUUGCACAUGCCCCGAAGGCUACACCGAGUACAGAGAUGCCUAUAACAAUCAACUUUGUAGAAUCGUGAACUAUUACCAGACAUCAGAUAAUAAUAACUACCAGGAACCUACUGACCCUUACUACCAGCCGCCAACAGAGUCGUAUUAUCAAACCUCAACAGAACCACGCUACCCAACGUCGACAGAGUCCGAGCAAUCUCAAUCACCUGAACACAACUAUCAGCAAACUUUGGACAAAAACUAUCCAUCGCCACCACCAAAUGAAUAUCAACCUGUUGAUAACUAUCCCUAUCCUACACAAAGUAACUAUCAACAAGGAGCAGAACACAGCUCUGAAUUACCUCCUCAAAAUAAUAACCAAUCGUAUACUGGAGUCGAGUAUCAAAUCCCGGACAACGACCCAUUGAUUAGAUGUGAGGAGGAUACUGACUGUCCACCAAAUGCCGUCUGCUCCUACUUAUCUCCGGACGCUUCAGGCGACUGGGAAGGAAAACAUUGCGUCUGUCCAGAAGGUUACGAAGGCGACGCAUUCGAAUGUAUCGAAAAAACUGGACCUAACUGUGCGUGUGGACCUAACGCCCGUUGCAUCACCACCCGUGGAGACGAAUUCAUCUGCGUGUGUGACCUCGGGUAUCAUGGCGAUGGCUACUCCUGCCGACCGAACUUCAGUUGUAAGAACAACUCUGACUGUGAAUACAACGCAGAAUGUCGACUCGACUCCAAGAGCAACGAAUACAUCUGUCAAUGUCUUAACGGCUACAUCAAAGACCAGAACGACGCAUGCAUUCCUGAUGCACAGCUCUGCAAUGGAGCAUGGUGCGCUGAACACGCCUCCUGUCUUUAUGAUAACGAAUUAGACCUAAACUAUUGUCAUUGUGACGAGGGAUACUCUGGCGAUGGCAUUUCUCAGUGCGUGCCCGAGGGUCACACGUGCGACGUCGCCAAUGACUGCAACGUGAACGCAAUAUGCACACCUAUGGAUAACACAUAUCAGUGUAUUUGUAGAGAUGGGUUCAAUGGUGAUGGAUACACUUGUAUCCCUGAAGCCACAUGCAGGAACAACCCCAACAUGUGCGACUUACACGCGUCUUGUAUGAAGAGGCACGAUGCAUACGUCUGUGAGUGCAACGCUGGGUACAACGGAAAUGGCAGCCACUGCCAGUUGAACCCAAGGCAAGCUGGAAACUUCUUGGUGGCAAGUGACGGAGCUUCCAUCUACAGAGUACCAUUCAAAGUUACUGGAAGAGAUUUCGCGACGCCAUUCAACAGUGGCAUUUCGCAGAUUGCUGUAGGUAUAGAUGUUGAUUGCGAAGUCGGUCGAAUAUAUUGGGGUGACGUUGUUAGUUAUGCCAUUAAAACUGCUGCUUAUGACGGAAGCGACUACGGGCUGUUUUUGACAGAAGGUAUCAAAUCACCUGAAGGUAUUGCAGUAGACUGGUCAUCAAGGAACAUAUUCUGGACCGACUCUAGGAAACUGACGAUCGAAGUAGCAAACUUGGACACGAAAGCGAGAAAAGUAUUGUUCGCUAUUGACAAAAUUUCAAACCCUAGAGGCAUUGCUGUGCAUCCAGGCAGAGGAAAGAUCUUCUGGUCCGACUGGAAGCGCACGAACCCUAAGAUUGAAUGGGCGAGCAUGGACGGCUCACAACGAGGGGUCUUCUUGGAUAAGACUGACGUAGCCUUACCAAACUCAUUGGCCAUCGAUUGGGCGAGAGACAGGCUAUGCUACGCUGAUGCUGGACGAGCGAGCAUAGAGUGCGUCACCAUUGACAACCAAGAGAGGGAAACCAUUGCUACCAACUGUUCCUACCCCUUCGGUCUUGCUAUCCAUGGCAACAAAUUCUACUGGACUGAUUGGAAAACGUUGAGAAUCGAAUCGUACGACUUGGAAACGCAGACACGAAGCGACGUCCCCAUAGCAACCGCAUCGAGGAGACUGUAUGGAGUGGCUGUGGCGCCAGACUCCUGUCCACCAGCCCAGAGUGUCUGUUUCUAUAGAAACGGGGGCUGUGGACCAGACCAGCUUUGUCUGCCAGACGGCAACAACGGCAGAACAUGUGCUGACGCAGACAAAGUCCUUAGCAGGCGUUAGAUAGGUUAAGUCGAAAUUUAAGAUAAAACUAAACACACUAAACACAGAUUUAUUAAAUGAAAUCUGUUUUACAGUAAAGUUAGUCAAACAAACCGGUAUUGCAUUUAAUCAAAACUAUGCUCAGUAAUUGUAACUUACAGAAAAAAAAUUGUGGAUGACGACACCACACUGAAUAGUUGAGAACAAAUUAUCUUCAAUAUACUAUAUCGUUUAUACUUAAUGUAUGUUGGAAUGGAGUCCCUGACAUAUCAUUGAGAAAUGUUCAAAAAGAUUUUGAUUUGUCAGGGAAAAGUUGCUUGAUACCACUUAACUACCAACUCAGGUUAUAUCCCCUCUAUGACCUUUUGCAUUUUAUUUUAAAUUGAAUAAGAAAAUAUUAGUAAUCUCUGACCAAAGAAAAAUAUUAUUAAAAGGAUUGCAUUUCAGUUUAAUACUUUCAAAACCUACAGUACUAGGAAAUUAUGAAACAUCACUACUAC